AUGGACGAGUCGCUCAAGGUGGCGGCGGGCGGGACGUCGACCGUCGUCAUGUUCGACGCGAGCAAGAAGGAGGAGUUCUACCCGACGUCGGGCUACAAGAAGCUGGCGCGGAAGCUCAAGACGAGCUGCAAGGUCGAGAUCAACAAGGACGACUUGUCGCUCGACCGGCUCAAGCAGGCGCACCUGCUUGUGUUUGCAGGCGUCCGCGAACGCUUUAGCUCGUCCGAAUUCCAGGCACUGAAAGACUACCUGCGCGAAGGUGGCAGCAUUCUCUUCCUCGUGGGCGAGGGCGGCGACACGCGCCACGACACGAACCUCAACUCGUGGCUCAAGGAGUUUGGCAUCACGAUCAACGCCGACGCCGUCAUCCGCACCGUGUACCACAAAUACCACCACCCCAAGGAAGUGCUCGUGACGAGCGGUGUCGUCAACCGCGAAAUCGCGCGCAUGACCAACGUGAUUUCUGGCCGCGGCAAAGACAUCUUCGCGCGGGACCCCGCCGCCGACAAGGCGCAUGGGCUCGAGAAGGACCAGCGCGGCCUCGACUUUGUGUUCCCCCGUCGGCGCCGAUUGAGCUCCGGCUUCAUCUCGUUUCCGAUGAACCGUCCGGUCGCCGCCGUCUACUCGGCCGACGGCGUGAGCGCACCGCCGAAAAAGUGCGGCCGGCUUGCGGUCCUCGGAUCCGCGCACGUCUUCUCCGACGACUGGCUCGACAAGGAGGAGAACACCAAGCUCCAAGACAUCCUCUUCCGAUGGCUCCUCAAAGACAAAGAGAUCUUAUUCGAUGCCUUUGACGCGGGGGACCCGGACCUGAGCGACUACUUUCGGCUGCCCGAUACGCAAGCGCUCAGCGAGCGCCUCCGCUCGUGCAUGCAAGAAGGCGAAGAGCUCCCAAAGGACUUUACCAAGCUCUUUGAUAAUUCGCUGUUUAAAUUCGACACGUCCCUGAUCCCGGAGGCCGUCGCGCUCUUCAAGGAGCUCGGCGUCAAGCACGAGCCGUUGACGUUGAUCCCACCGCAGUUUGAGUGCCCGCUGCCGCCGCUCAAGCCCGCGGUCUUCCCGCCGAUUUUGCGCGAGCCGCCGCCGCCAGCGCUGGACCAGUUCGAUUUGGACGAGCACUUUGCGUCCGAGUCGUUGCGGCUCGCGCAGCUCACCAACAAGUGCUCGGACGACGACCUCGAGUACUACGUCAAGGAGUCGGCCGUCAUCCUCGGCAUCCUGCCCAAGCUCGACCCUGAGCGCUCGGACGCCAAGCACGUGCUCGACUACCUCUUCCAGAAGAUCGUCAACUUCAAGAAGCUCAACCAGGACGCGACGCUGCCGGACGAGAACCUCCACGUGCUCCAGCACACGGCGUCAUUCGCCGACGAGAAGGACCUCGACGAAGGCGACUACAAGGAGGCCAAGGACUUGGAGGAGAAAAGCCGGAAAUAA